GGCUGCAGCGCUACACGUGUGGCUAGUCCCGCCCCUUCCCCUGCACAUGGGCUGCUUGCCUGGCGCUCAGGAUUCUCAGGGCUAACUGACUGCCACUUACUGCAGGAUGGAAACGGACACUAAGUGGCAAGCGCUGCUCAGGGAGCCUAGCCUGGGCAAACUUACCAGUCCCGACUAUGGGAUUCCCGGGGAGAGCCAGCACCCUCCUCUGCAGGAUAUCACUCGGGCUCAUAUCGACUCCUUCAACCAAGCAAUGACAGAGGGGCUGAGUCUGGCGGUGCAGGCUAUGAAACCACUUGAGUUUACUUACAAAAAUGAUAAGGUGGCAUUGCAAAUAGUGGAUGCAGUUAUUACCCCUCCUCUAGUGCCCAAAGGAAGCAUCUGCAAAGAGCAAAAGAUAUACCCAGCAGAAUGCAGAGGAAGAAGAAGUACAUACCGGGGCAAGCUGACUGCCGAUGUAAGCUGGUCCUUAAAUGGAUUGCAAAAAGGCAUCAUCAAACAAACCCUGGGACAUAUUCCUAUCAUGGUGAAGUCAAAAUUUUGCAACCUGUAUGACCUUAACCCAAAACAACUUCUUGAGCACCACGAGGAAGAGCAAGAAAUGGGAGGAUAUUUCAUUAUAAAUGGAAUAGAAAAGGUUAUCAGAAUGCUUAUUAUGCCUCGAAGGAACUUUCCCAUCGCCAUGAUUCGUCCCAAGUGGAAGAAUAGAGGGCCUGGUUACACUCAGUAUGGUAUUUCACUUCGUUGUGUCAGAGAUGAACAUACUGCUGUCAACAUGAACCUGCACUAUCUAGAGAAUGGCUCUGUUAUGGUGAAUUUCAUCUAUCAAAAGGAGCUCUUCUUCAUUCCACUGGGCUUUGCAUUAAAGGCUCUAGUUGACUAUUCAGAUUAUCAGAUUUUCACUGAAUUGAUCAAAGGCAAGGAAGAGAAUUCAUUCUACAGAGACUGUAUGACACAGAUGCUGAGGGCAGUGGUGGAGGAAGGGUGCCACAGUCAGAAGAAUGUCCUCAAGUACCUUGGGGAGCGGUUCCGGGUUAAGUUUUACCUUCCCGACUGGUUUACAGAUGAACAAGCUGCAGAGUUCCUUAUAAGUCAGUGCAUCUGCAUACAUCUUAAAACCAAUGUAGAAAAAUUUUACAUGCUCUGUAUGAUGACACAAAAGCUGUUCACGUUUGCCAAGGAUGGAUGCAUGGAGGAAAAUCCUGACAGCUUAAUGUACCAGGAGGUCAUGACACCAGGGCAGCUUUUACUGAUGUUUUUAAAGGAAAAGAUGGAAUCGUGGCUGCUAGGAGUUAAGGUUAAUCUGGACAAGAGAGCUCAUAAAUAUACAGUUGAUCUAAGUACUGAAACCAUGAUGAAAGUAUUUACUUCAACAUCAGAUCUAACAAAAACGUGUGAAUAUCUGCUGGCUACUGGUAAUCUUCGCUCUAAAACUGGCCUUGGAAUGCUACAGUCUUCUGGUCUGGUAGUGGUUGCUGACAAGCUAAACUUCAUUCGCUACCUUUCUCACUUCCGCUGUGUACAUAGAGGUGCUGCUUUUGCCAAAAUGAGAACCACCUCAGUGCGUCGCCUUCUGCCUGAGUCUUGGGGUUUCCUGUGCCCCGUACACACUCCCGAUGGUGAACCAUGUGGUCUCAUGAAUCAUAUGACUGCAGCGUGUGAGAUUGUGACACAGACAUCCUACAACACUUUACUGCCAUUGCUGCUGUGCUCAUUAGGAAUGACUCCUGUUGAUGGAACAGCCGGAAAAUUGUUUGCAGACUGCUACCCUGUCAUGCUAGAUGGAGCCAUGGUGGGUUGGGUGGAGAAAACCAUAGCUCCUGGCCUUGUCAGCGCACUUCGAAAUUAUAAGGUGAAACAUGAAAAGAAUGUGCCUCCAUGGACUGAAAUUGUCCUUAUCCCAAUGACUGGGAAAGCAAGUCUGUACCCUGGGCUUUUUCUUUUCACCACCCCCUGCAGGAUGGUACGUCCCGUCAGGAAUUUGGCCUUGGGUAAAGAGGAAUUGCUUGGCACUUUGGAACAGGUUUUCUUGAAUGUGGCAGUUUAUGAAGGUGAUAUUGUACCCGGAGAGACCACUCACCAGGAGUUUUUCCCGCACAGCAUGCUGAGUGUAGUAGCAAAUUUUAUCCCCUUCUCAGACCACAACCAGAGUCCCAGAAACAUGUAUCAGUGUCAGAUGGGUAAGCAGACAAUGGGCUUCCCUCUUAUGACUUAUCAGGAUCGCUCUGAUAACAAACUGUACCGGCUACAGACCCCACAGAGUCCUUUAGUUCGGCCUUCCAUGUAUGAUUAUUAUGAGAUGGAUAACUAUCCCAUUGGCACCAAUGCAAUCGUAGCAGUCAUUUCGUAUACAGGGUAUGACAUGGAGGAUGCCAUGGUCUUGAACAAGUCAUCAUGGGAAAGAGGCUUUGCUCAUGGAAGUGUGUAUAAAACUGAUCACGUGGAUCUCAGUAAAAAACUUAAAGAUGGAGAAGAUAAUCUAGUUUUUGGCAUCAAACCAGAUGAUGAGCGGGUGAAAGGAAGACUGGACAGCGAUGGCCUCCCUGCUGUUGGUGCUGUUCUGCAGUUUGGAGACCCUUACUAUGGCUACCUGAACCUUAACACAGGGGAGAGCUUUGUUGCCUAUUACAAGAGUAAAGAAAACUGUGUAAUUGACAACAUCAAAAUCUGCAGUAAUGACAUUGGUUUUGGAAAGUUUAAGUCUGUUUGUGUCACCAUGAGAAUCCCCCGUAAUCCAACAAUCGGGGAUAAAUUUGCAAGUCGGCAUGGCCAAAAGGGUAUUUUGAGUAGGCUUUGGCCGUCUGAGGAUAUGCCAUUUACAGAGAGUGGAAUGGUUCCGGACAUCCUUUUCAAUCCUCACGGAUUUCCCUCUAGAAUGACCAUUGGGAUGCUGAUAGAGAGCAUGGCUGGAAAGUCAGCAGCCCUGCAUGGUCUCUGCCACGAUGCCACACCCUUUACAUUUUCUGAAGAAAACUCUGCCCUUGAAUAUUUUGGAGAAAUGCUGAGAGCAGGUGGUUACAAUUUCUAUGGCACAGAGAAACUAUACAGUGGCAUAAGUGGCCUGGAACUUGAAGCCGAUAUUUUCAUUGGGGUGGUUUACUACCAGCGCCUUCGACACAUGGUCUCUGACAAGUUUCAGGUUAGAACAACAGGUGCCAGGGAUAAAGUUACCAACCAGCCUGUGGGAGGCCGUAAUGUUCAAGGUGGGAUACGUUUUGGAGAAAUGGAGCGUGAUGCACUGCUGGCCCACGGUACCUCUUUCCUGCUUCAUGAUCGACUUUUUAACUGCUCGGAUAGGUCGACAGCACAUGUGUGCAUAGAAUGUGGAAGCCUACUCUCUCCUUUCUUGGAAAAGCCUCCGCCUUCCUGGUCAUCCAUACGCAACCGAAAACACCACUGUGAAGUCUGCGAUCGUACGGAUACUGUUGAGACUGUAUCAGUACCUUAUGUUUUCCGUUAUUUUGUGGCUGAAUUAGCAGCCAUGAAUAUCAGUGUGAAACUAAGUGUGAGCUAGUUUCAAACACCACGUUGUGUUGGGCAACUUCUGUAUGAUUAUAGUAGUACCAAUGUGCCUCCUAAUUGAGUAAAAACUUUGUAUGUAUGGAUUUCAACUGCUAACUCACACUGUGGCAGCUUUGGUUUGCUUCAGACUGAAUCUGACUAAAUUAUUUUUAUCAGCAUUUUUACUGCUGAAACAAUUUCCAAUGUGAAAAGGAAACAGUUAUUUUUACUGAGUUUAAAAAUGCUCAGAAGUCUCAUGCUUGCGGCACACAUCCCUACCAGAAGUGUCUAGAGAAUUUGGACUUUGGGGGAAUAUAUUUUUAAAGUAAAAUAUAUGGUGACAUGAACAAUGCUGUGUGACAUAAAGCAACAGUUCCCACAUUAGUCUUUA